GAGCAGCUGCUCACUACGCAGUCAUACAGAAGCAAAACUUUCAUAAUUUUUUCCUUUAUACAUCCUCUACAACAUUUAGAAGGUCCUAUUCAAUACAGAAGGUUGAACCUAAAACUAAUGAAAAGGGGAACAUUCUUAGCAAUCCCACGAUUUUGUGCUGCAUUAAAACAACCCUUCGGAGAACUGAGAAGCAACUUUAAUUUAUGAAAGUUGUGCGUGAAUCGACAGUGUUGGCCAAGCCGUUGCAUCGAUCACGUCUUUCCUCCGCCGGCGUUGGAAAACCCUCAAGCCGUGCUUCGCUGCCACGGUGCGGCGAAAUUAUCGUACAUUGCAGUGCAAUUCGCGCUUUACGGACGUUUGUAUGAAAAUAGGUGGUGUAUGAAUAUGGUUUGUAAUUAAUCAAAUCAUUUUAAUAACAAAAACGAGCGCAUAAGCGCAGUUUGAAGGAAACAAAUGUGUUUCAAACUCAGAAAUCGUGCGGCUGGAGUAAUACUUGUUAAUGCGGCCGGUUGCGCUCUGCUGCCAUCUGGCGCCCAAACCCUAAGUAACAAACAAGUUGAUUAUUCAGUUUGUUGGGUGUUUUCUCUUCAUUUCACGCAAUCCAUGGAUACAUAUCCGAUGAUGGAGUCUCAUGAGAAAGUUUAGUGUGUCUGUAACGUGCAUUAAACAAGGCGAAAGUGAGAAAAGAGGCAAAAUAUGGAAUAAAAAAGGCGGUUGUUGGUUGGCUGUGGGACCCCGCCACACUCCCUUGUUCAGCGCCGCACACACACUAUAAGUAACACGGCAAGAGAGGCGACGCUAGACCCUUUCCCUCACUCUUUAAGUCACCAAAGUUACUGGUCAGGUGCGGGAUACGUGUCUAAAAUGACGUCCAAAACGUGGAUCUAGGUGUAGUGAGUGAUGUGAGUGCUGAAAAGUGCGGGAAAUAGCCUCGUUUGGAUGUGAAUUGUGCAGUGAUAGAACAACUGCCACUCUGGAAAUCGGUUAGUCGCGCCGCGCACUUUUUGUAGUGGAAGACGAAAAUGGUGCUGCUUCUGCUUCAUUCUGAUUAAAAGUACUGGUGUUAGGUGUUGUGUAAGUGAUAGCUGAGGGUACCAGGUUGUAUAAGGUGGUGGUGUAUUGGUGUAGGAGUGUUGGUGGUGGUGUAGUGUUGGCGAGAAGUGUUGGUGUGUGUUGGUGACGCUCGCCUACUCUCGCCGGGCCACAGGUCUUAUACGUUGGUCGAUACCGGCGGCUGCUGCUCUGUUCCCUCACAACACACCCACUGAUUUUAUCCACCACGCCGCCUCAACGCCUUCACCUUCACGCCCACGACCAUCGUAUAGGUUUCCUACAACAUCUACGCCCAAAGUCACACGGAUCUGGAGUCCGUCAGACCCAACGAACAGGAGGCGGUGGGGACGGGCCAUGAGGGUAGUGGAAGAUUGCCAACCCCUCCUCAGCAGCAGCAGCAGCAGCAGCAGCAGCAGCAGCAGCAGCAGCAGCAGCAGCAGCAGCAUCACCAACAGCAGCUGCAGCCGGCGGGGAUGAGGGUGUCGCCUGCACCGCCUCUGACUGCUGGAGCCAACCCCCCUCACCCACCUCACUCCCCCCACAUGUCGCCUGCUGUAGGUGGUCCGGGGAGCGUUGUGAUGUCCCCUCACCCCGGCAGCGGACAGAGUGACGGUCGCAACAGUAAUAUGCAUGCACCAAAUUACCCUCCUGGUGCCCCACCGCACAUGACCACUGGACCACCUCCAGGACCUCAUGGCUACCCUAGCAAAAUGGGCCACAUGCCACCUGGUGCCCCUCCUGGUCCUCCUUUUGGUCAGGGAGGGUACCAAGGUGGCCAUCAGUAUCCUCCAGUAAGACCCCAAGGACCAAUGAUGCAGCCCUAUCCACAAAAUUUUCCUCCUGGAGGUCCACAGGGACCUCAGGGCCCUCAAGGGCCUCAAGGUCCCCCCACCUCCAUGCCUGCCACCCAUCAGUACCCACCACGACCCCCACACAACAACCAUGUUCCUCCUAACCAACCAUACGGGUAUGCUCCUUAUGGGACGCAAGGUUGGGGAGGACAGGGCAUGAAUCAGGGUCCUCCAGGUCCUGGAAUGCCUAGCACUAUGAUGCCAGCGGGUCCAGGGAUGCCGGGGAAGUCGGGCUCUGUACAGAUGCCAAGUCAGGCUGGUCAACCUGGGGCUAGUAAUGUCACUGGGCCAAGAGCCCACACCCCUCCACAUGCGCCACACUACCUGAAACAGCACAUUCAACACAAAAUAGGGGGCUAUGGGAGUCCUCAGAUGUACCCAAAUGGUCCUGGAAUGGCAGGGAUGCCAAAUAGCAGAGAAAGCCCCCAAAAUAAUAUGCCACCUCCAACUUCAACACCACAGCCCCUUACCCCAUCCAGCACACCUUUAGAUACUAGUGAUCAUGCAGGGAGUACUAAUGCCAGUCUCAACAAUAGUAACCCUCCUUCUAUUGGACCAGAUGGUAACCCAGUUGUUGAUGAAGCUUCACAACAAUCCACUGUAUCAAACACCUCAGCUGCAUCUGGUGAAGAUAGGUCGGGCACACCUAAACCUCAUAAAGAUGGUCCUUUGGGGGGUCCUGGGAUGCCAGGGGGUAUGCCUGGUAGUGGUCAACAUCCACCUUCCCAUCCACCUACCCCUAUCAACUCAGCUCCAUCACCAGGUGCUGCUUCUAUGACAUCCCAGCAAGAUGAGUUUGAAAACAUGAACUCCCCUGGCUGGCCAAGAAGUCCAAGCACUCAGACGGUGUAUGCUAACAGUCAACCACCCCCACCCCCAGACAUCUACAGACCAUCCAAGCCGGGGGAAAACAUAGCAAGACUGUAUGAGAUGUCAGAUUCCCCAGAGAGGAGGGCAUGGUUGGACAAAUUAUUGUCAUUUAUGGAUGAUAAUAAAACACCAAUAACUGCAUGUCCAACCAUAUCAAAGAACCCACUCGACUUGUAUGCGCUUUAUCUUCAUGUUCGAGAACGAGGAGGAUUUGUUGAGGUUACCAAGAACAAGCACUGGAAAGAUGUGGCAGCAGUUAUGGGCAUUGGAGCAUCAUCCAGUGGCUCGUACACAUUACGGAAGCAUUACAUGAAGCACAUCUUGGCUUAUGAGUGUAAAUUUGAUCGUGGAGGCAUUGAUCCUUUACCUAUUAUAAAUCAGAUUGAAGCUGCAGCCAAAAAGAAAACAACGAAAACCAUAUCUGUACCAUCACCUGGGUCUUCAAAUUCUCAGGACUCCUUUCCACCAGCUGGAUCCAACAGUAGUUCUAUGGAUGGAUUCUCAAAUGGGCCACAUGUACCUGGUGGUCCAGGGGUACCUGGACCUUAUCCUCAGUAUCCCCCAUCAUCAGAGUUUGGUAGUCAUAUGCCACAACGCCCGUCUACGCAAUCAACUUCUGGUCCAGUAGGCAACGGGGAAAACGUGAACGUGUCUAACCCAUUUGAUGAUCAGUGUCAGUACUCACGAACUUACCAUAACUCGUAUUCUCGUACUCAGGGUUAUCAGGGAUACCAGGGGGGUCAGUAUCACGGCUACCAGGGUAUGCAAGGGGGCUACGGCCAGGGGGGUUACCAUAACUCUGGCUACCCCCCAGAUGGUCGGCCGUAUCAACCGCCAGGACCCCCAAAUCAUCAGGGGAGCUACCAGGGAGGAUACCAGCAGCCAGGGAGCUACCAACGACCGGGAUUUGCACCAGGGCAGCAAGGGUUUCAACCAGACCAGUACCCGAUGGGAAGUAGCGGCAGCAACUACGGCAACUCCCAAUUGGCCAAACAACUGCUGAACCCUCCGCGCAGCACGGGCCCCAUGUUUCAAGGUGGAUUUCAGAGUGGGAAUAUGUACCCUCCUAACCAGAAACCAGGUGCAUCUCAAAGUCCUGGACCUCCUGGUCCAAACGCCGCUGCAGGAUAUCAGGGACCCCGAAGACAUCCAGAUUUUGAAAAAUCUCAACCUCCAGGAUGGAGAGGAAACAAUCAGUUUGGUGGGUAUGCUAAUCAGAACCAGCAAGGCCCUCCUCAACAACCUUGGAGUCGUCCAAAUGACUCUGCUCCUCCGGGAGCCCCGUCCACACAGUGGAAUCAGCCACGAUUUCCAGGCUCGCAAACCCAGUUUGCGGGAACGGUGAGUGGUCGAGGUUGGUCUGGUGGCAGCUUUACUCAAAAUGUGGGCCCCAGACCGCAGGGACCUGCAAGUAAUAACAAGAACUAUGUUAUUCCUCAAUCUGCAUUUAAGUGUGGGGGGACUGUGUAUGGUGCUUUUACUGGAAAGCAUCAGUUCCCUUUAGACAGCAUUGAAGCUGUCUUACCUGUACUGGCGAGGAGGAAACGGAUGACCCGUACUGAUCUCCAAACUUGUGAUCCAUGGAGACUAUUAAUGUCUCUAAGAUGUGGUUUAGCAGCAGAAGUAACUUGGGCCCUGGAUAUUUUAAACAUUUUACUGUUUGAUGAUCAAACAGUUGUAUAUUUUGGUCUUCAUCACAUGCCAGGGCUACUGGAAGCUCUCAUAGAGCAUCUAAGAAGAGGUCUCAUUAACAUGUUCGAUAUUUGUUCGGAACUUGAGCUGGGACGUGAUGAUGAAGCAACUGGGGCUAACAAGAGAGUCAAAGCAGAGCAACAUGACGACACCAAUAGACCAUGGUACCUUCGACCUCCUCCAUCACCUACCUUGGAGUUAGAUCUUGGCAGAUUAGACGACGAUGACCCGAAUAAUAAAGAUAUAAUUUUAAAAGGGUCAGAUGAUUUCACGCUCGUCACAAAAACAGGGAAAUCUGUUAAAUUUGUGAAACGGGAUGGGGAACUGUUUAUGCGGGAAGGGAGUCGGGAGUGGGAUAAAUGGGAGGGUUUUAGCUCAGGAGUGGAUACUUGGUCAGUAGGUGGAGGAGAGUGUACAGCCCAUAUUAUCUGCACUAUGCAGAGUUCAGUUCCCCCGCUUGUCUUCACUAGGUUGCUUCCGGAUAAGGACGGUAAAAUUGCCGAUGUGAAGGUGGAGGAAGUUGUAGAAGUGAAACAGGAAGUCGUGGAAGUGAAAAAAGAAGUAGUAGUGCCGGAAAAGAAAGUAGAAUCGGUACAAAUUGUUGAGGAAAAAACUAAAAAAGACAAAGUAGUAGAUUUACUUGCUGAAAUGAAGGAGAAAAAAGUGGAAAAAUUAGAAACGCUUAUAUCUAGGGACAAGUGUGACUCCAAAGAAACAGAGUCAACAGACAAAAUAAUCAGGAAUAGGGUUAAUAAUGCGAGGAAGAGCAGGUUAGAUGAAAUAUUCAAAAAGCUAAAGAAAGAACCUGUUGAUGAAACUAGUGACAAUAAAAUUUCUAAUAAAGACACUAAGGAAUCUUCAAUAACAAAGAACACUGAAGUGCGUGUAGAGCCAAAUUUAACUGUUAAACAGGAACCAAAUAGUGAAAAAUCUACGGAUAAAAAAGUAGAUAAACCUGAAGAAACUUCUCAUAAUAGGCCGGGGGUUAAAGAAAAGCUAGAGAGGCGAGAAAGCAGUAGUUCUAGAAGAGAAAGUGGAGGGUUUAAAAGGCCGUAUGAAGAUCUAGAAGAAGAAUCUUGGGGUCCAGAUGAAGCCUCGUUAAGCACAACUACUGAAGGGCAAGAUUGGUUAGCUCGACGCGUGAUGUGUGUUGGUACUGUUAUUAGAAAUUUGUCCUUCAUUCCAGGUAAUGAAGAAGUAAUGAGCAAAUCUGCUUCUUUGUUAGCUUUAUUGGGUAAGACAAUCCUUUUACAUCACGAGCAUCCUCAGCGCACUCCUUCCACUGCGCACUAUGAUAGGGAUGAGGAAGCAGAUCUAAGUGACUGGUGCAGCUCCUUGGCCCCAGACACUCAUUGGUGGUGGCCAUACCUCCAUCAUGUGCAUGAGAAUACAUUGGUCACUCUUGCUAACAUGGCAGGUUACUUGGAUUUGUCCAUAUAUCCAGAAGAGAUCUCAAGACCAUUACUAAAUGGUUUACUACACUGGGCAACAUGUCCUGCAUCUUAUGGGCAGGACCCAUUGCCUGGUAGUGGAACUUCAUCGCAAGCUGCACUAUCACCUCAGAGACUGGCAUUGGAAACUUUAGUGAAAUUAUGUGUCCUUGAUCAAAAUACAGAUUUGGUCUUGGCAACACCACCGUUCUCACGUUUGGAUAAUCUUUGCGGACAGUUGACUCGGUUUAUGUGUCGUGGUGAAGAUCAAGUAUUACGUGAGUUUUCGAUUAAUUUGUUACAUUAUUUCUCAGCAGCAGACUCUGGUGUGGCAAGAGUCAUAGCCAUGCAAAACGGGUGCGUUUCCCUACUUGUGGCAUUCAUAGAAGAAGCUGAGGCAGCAGCUAUGACUGUAGCAAAUGUUCAGGGUGUGACUGCUUUGAAAGAAAACCCAGAGUUAAUGGGAACGAGUCUGGAUAUGGUGAGACGAUCUGCUAACACAUUGGUACAUUUGUCACGAGUGCCUGCCAAUGCGCGGGCGUUAGCGAACACCGAAAACAGACUGUUAACGUUGGUUAUGAGCCAGAUACUUGACACCUAUGUGGCAUCACAGUUAUCACAGGUGUUAUAUAAUGUAUCCCAUGUGCAAAUUGAUUUUCCUCAAUUUUCACCCUCGCCCUCACCACCACCACCUCCAUCUCCAUCUCCAAAUACAGCACAAGCCCCAAAGUCUACUAAUUCCACUCCAGAUGCUCCAAUGGAAGUGGAAUCGUCAGAUUCCACUGUUAGUCAGCCUGCUUCUGUUACCACCCCUCCUUCUACGUCGGUUAAUCAUGAUUCUGCGUCAAAUGAUUGUGAUAAGUCUGCUGCAUCCCAAAACGGUACCCCCACUUCAACAACCAUCACUACCACUUCUACCCCUACUUCUGCUGUUACCUCUACUCUAUCAUCAUCUUCCAGUAAUUCAACAAUUACUACUACGACUGCCAGUACCCCUACACCUGUCUCAACAACUGCUUCUUCCCCUACCCCAGCUGUUACAGCUGUUUCGACAACAGCUCCAUGUACACAACCAACGUCAGCAGUUACUGCUACCCCUUCACCUGUCACAGCUGCUGUACCAAGCUUAAAUAAAGUUUCUAACCCUAAUUUAACCUCUUCAAGUACAUCCCUAUUUAAUCCUCAGUUAAAUCUUUCUUUAAAGCCAGCCAAUACCCCCGCAAUAGCCGGCACCCCUCCUCAAACUACAAAAUCAGAAUCUGCUUUGCCAAAAUCGGAGACUGUGACUGCUGCAACCACCACCACCUCUACAUCCACCCCAGUCCCUUUGGAAACCCCAGCAGCAGCAACGGCAGGAGCAACGGCGGCGGCAGCAGCAGCAAAUCCCUCAUCUUAGUAGUGGGUGGAUAACCCCAGUGAGUGUGUAGGCCUCUCUCAGCCAUGUGUGGUACAAACUGUGUGGUGGGGGUGACGCUAUGCCCCCUAGGGUCCCCCCCAGGUCCCAGGGCCCCUCUAGUGUCUCAGCUGGGCCCUUGCAAGGACCACCUCAGUGAUAUCGAGUCCUACCAGGUAUUAGGGCUCUCAGUGUUGUGUACAGUAAUUAAAGUAAGAUGAUGUGUGUCCUGCUAUGAGCAGUGUCUGUGAAUUAUUCUAAAGUGCGAGUGUAGCCAGCAACAAGUCUGUGAAAGUCUGUGUAUUUGUACUUUUCAAUGUACAGAAAUCUGUACUCAUCUCAGCUGUAUUUCUUGGAUUUAAAGAAAGUUGUAGAAAGAAAAGUAUUCAGAGAAGCAGUCUUUCUUUAUCCUUAAUGAUAUUACUUAAUCUUUUCCUUAUUUAUAUGUUGUAAAUAUGUGUUUUUUAUCCAUUGUAAUCCAAUUUGGUUCUAUAUGUUUUUGAAUUCAAUGGUAGAUAAUUGAGGAAGGAUUGAAAACUGUACACUUCACCCCACCUGUCUGUAUUUCAUGUCCCAAGAGUCAAAGUUAGAAUUUAAUCUUUUCAUUCAGAAAAAGGUAGUCUGGAAAGUAAAUAUCUUGAGGAAGAAUUCCAUUAUUUUUAUUCAUAAUUAAACUAUAAGUCUUAGGUAUUUCUGUAAUGUUUCAUUAGUAAACAUGCUCUACGAAUUUAAAGGCUAAGGACCUGUGACUUCAUUUGAAUGAAAGUAAACCUAUUCUGUAGCCAUUUUAAGCCAAUUAGAUUCUUCUGAAAGAGGUACCAUUAAUUGCACGAAUUGUAAAUUGUUUUGAAACUUUACAAAUUUCAAGUCCCUUCUACAAAAUAACAGAAUAUUUUUUUUUCUCUGUAUACCAGUAUAUUUGAUACCGUGAAAUUCAUAUUUUUGUAUGAAUGGAUAUGUGAAAAGUAUCGAUUGUAAAUGACUGCAAGGUAAUCAUUCGGUUUCCCAUAUCUUGCCAAAUUUUCACCAGCCAUAAGGGAAGGCCUCUGUUGAUUGAUAGACUGUGCCAGGUAGUUCAGAAUUAGCCUAGAGUCCGCUUUUUCUAAAAAAAAAAAAAUGUGUUAAUUUUUUUUUAUCAUUUUCUCUUAUGUUGAAAAAAAUCAGUUGAAAGGAAAGUAGACUACAAUUCAUAUGUUGUGUUCUAACCUAAUGUAUAUUUAAAUAAUUAAAGGAAAUGACUCUUGAUGUUUGCUAUGAAUGGUUAAGAUUUUACGUAUUUUUGAAGUUGUAAAAAAAAGCCCAAUUUAUCAUUUUGGGACAUAGUACACAAUAACCUUAAGAACAGUGGAAGUGUUUCUUAAAGUUACAUGGAUAGUCUUAUGUAUAAAGUGUUGUAUAUAUAUGUAAUAAAGGAAUUGGUUUCUAUAAAAUGA